GGCAGCAUCACCCACUGCCUGCAAUGGCGUUGUAUCGGCUCCGGUGUGUCCAAACCUUUCUGUAGUGGCGACCCAGUCCCGGACUAUUCACGAGCGUGGGGGAGAUAUGUUGUAUUUGGAAAGGUUUUGCAUCGAGAGCAUCCAUUUUUCCGAUGAGUUUCCCAUCUGGAUUACAGUUUAUUUGUAUCACGCGUCAAGCCAAGCCGGAGCCAUGAGACAGAGGGUGUUCCUCAAGCCCACGGAUUAAUAUUUGCACCAGGAUUUCUCAUAGGUGUUAUGAUGGACCGGCGACAGACCGGCGAGGUGUGAAUGGGCCUAAAGGAGCUAUAUCAUCAGCUGGAUCAGAUUAGGCAGCGCUGCGGUAGGUCAAACUAGACUCCAAGCUCCUACUUUCUAAUGAGGCCACGGCGAUGCUGACAUCCCCUCUGAAUCCAAAGACGACAUCAUGCUGAAGACGGAGGCCUCGGGGGAGAGGACCUGCCUUCGGAGUGCCUCCCCCCACCGCAAUGCCUACCGGGCCGAGUUUCAGGCCCUCAAGAAGGCCUUUGACCAGCCUCAGAUAGAUGGAAACUCCAAGCCCAAAGAUCUGGAGCGGGUCAAACAACCGAGGGGCCGCCAGUACGGCUCCCAUGUCAGCCGCAUUAAGGACAUGUUCAUGCAGAUGGGCACAGAGAAUGUGGCACCCAAGACGAAGGUUUGUGAUGAUUCCUCGCCGCAAAAACUUGUCAAGCCAACUAACUUCAUCAACAAGGCUGACGGAUCGGUGAUAAAGCUCCAGCACUCUGCAUCAUCCGACAAGGUCACAGGCGCCGGAGCAAAGUUCUCAGAGACCAGGAAGCUGUUUGAGCAGCACUCACGAGACCAAUCCCAAUCGCCGGUCUUUCCAUUGGGUCGAGAUAAACGGGGCUCCCAUGAGCACCUGGAUGACUGGAGGGGUGCAAGAUCUAAUCGAGGAAGCACAGACUCCUUGGACUCGCUUUGCUCCAGAACAGAGGCAUCCUCCCCAACUGUUAGUCAACUGAGUGCUGUCUUUGAAAAUGCUGACCACAACAACCAAGGUCCCCACCACAGGGGAGUCAGCAGACGGGCUCUCUACUCACCAGACGGAUAUCAGCGGCAUGGAGGCGACCUCAGUGAAGAUGAUUCACGACAGUCUCCAGUUCGUAGCUAUCGGACAAGGGUAGGGGGAAAGCUUCCAACAUCUUCUUCCGCUGAGGACCUUCUGAAUCCAAGUCCAGGCAGGGAGACUUCUGAGCUUAAACAAGUAACAAAAGAGGAAAAACCCCAAGACAAAACCAACAAGGUUGAGACUACAAGUGGGGAUAAACGCCAUCUCAACGGAAGUCAGGUUAAUGGUUCUUGUGACGAAGAUGAGAAACCAUCAGAGACAAGUAGACAUACCGGGGAUCAAGGGCUAUCCAAACCUUCAAAACCUUCAGAUAAUGCUGUGAUCACCAACAGAUCUUUUGAAGAUGCAACCCCUGAGCCACUGCCGACCCCAACUACACCAGCCGGGGAAAGCCAGGAGGAUGGUUCAAGAGAAGACAAGUCGUCUGAAUCUCCAAAGGAUGAGGCGGAUGACCCAGACGAGGAAUACACUGGGAAUGAGCGGGUGAUUUUUAACGCAGACGGGGAUGCCUGUUACCAGGGUUGGGGAGAAAGCUGCACUGAUGCCGAGGACGACCUCUAUGGAGACGAUGAGGAUAUAGUCUACGACCCAGGCUCUGACCUGACGGAGAUCCCCGGGCUACCAGAGGAAAAGGAAGAGGACAUCCCUCCAAAGAGGAAGAUCUGCUUCAGCAUGUCUCCCAUCACAGUGUUCAACACCUACUCCAACGAAGACUACGACCGGCGUAAUGAAGAGGUGGAUCCAGUCGCCUCCUCCGCAGAGUACGAGCUGGAGAAGCGGGUGGAGAAAUUGGAGCUGUUCCCUGUGGAGUUGGAGAAAGAUGAGGAUGGCCUGGGGAUCAGCAUAAUUGGGAUGGGUGUUGGUGCUGACGCAGGACUGGAGAAACUGGGCAUCUUUGUCAAGACUGUCAUCGAGGGAGGAGCUGCAGAGAGAGACAGCAGGAUCAAGGUGAAUGACCAGAUCGUGGAGGUGGAUGGGACCAGUCUGGUGGGCGUCACACAGAGCUUUGCUGCCUCCGUCCUCAGGAACACAUCAGGAGUCGUCAGGUUUGUGAUUGGCCGGGAGCGCCCGGGCCAGCAGAGCGAGGUGGCCACACUCAUCCAGCAGACCCUGGAGCAGGAGCGGAGGCAGAGGGAGCUGCUGGAGCAACAGUACGCCCAAUAUGAUGCUGACGAUGACGAGCAGACAGGCGAGUACGCCACAGAUGAAGAGGACGGAGGGACAACAGUGGCUGGUGGGGACAAGAGCAUCGAGGUGUUUGAUUUGCCAGAGUCAGAGGACAUCUUGUCUCCGUCGGAUUUAGAUGCCACUAAACUCUACCAGAAAUUCAGAGAGCUCCAGAUCAAACACACAGUGACCGAGGCCGAGAUCCAGAAGCUCAAAAACAAGCUGGCGUCUGUGGAGAGGGAGAAGCAGCGCUGGGAGAAGGAGAAGAGCCAGCUGAAGGCCAGCAUCGAGGAGAACAAGGAGAGGAUGCUGAAGCUGGAGAGCUACUGGAUCGAAGCGCAGACCCUCUGCCACACGGUCAACGAACACCUGAAGGAGGCCCAGGCCCAGUAUCAAACUCUGGAGAAGAAGUACAACAAGGCCAAGAAACUCAUCAAAGACUUUCAGCAGAAAGAGGUGGAGUUUAUCCAGAAGGAGGAUGCAGAGAGGAAGCGACUGGAGGAGGCUGAGAAAGCUCACCUGGCUGAGAUCCAGGGCCUGCAAAUCCGGAUUGCAACAUUAGAGUCGGAGCUAAUGCAGCUGAUGAAGCAGAACGGCAUCCAGGUCAACAACAACAACAGCAACAGUGCUGAGAGGCUGAGUGCUCAGCAGAACAGCCCUAAACGAGUGGCAGCACAAGCCAGAGACCUGAGGGAGGAUCCUACUCACUCACCCAGCAAAAAGAAGAGCUACAGAGGAGUCACCCGAGACAGCAUCAGCUCCACAGAGGGGGAGGUCUUAGAGUGGCAAAGCAGUCCAGCCCACAGUCGUUCAGGCUCGAUUCGAAGUGUGGCCCCCGGCAGUACUGAAGGCUCUCCCAGACGAAUACUGCAUCCUUCAUCCACUGCAGGAGUUCCCCAGGACGGUUUUCCGUCUCCAGCGAAGUCCAGCCCCUCUCGCAGUCUGGAGGAGCGCAACCAAGCGCUGGACCCUGGGUCUCCUCUCAGGAAAAGUACACUGAAGGAAAAAGAUCCCAGAGCAUCACCUGGAAACAGCUCCACAGAGCCAUCAGCAGAGGACAGUCCACUGAAACUCAAAGCCAAGGGACCCGCUCUGAACGACGACCUCAGUGCCGGCAGCAGCAGCUCUGUGGAGAUCAGCGGCCUGAGUGAAGCCAAGAUGUCAGGACGCUCACACACACUGGUGCUCUCCUCAGAUGAGAUCUUAGAUGAAGGACAGCUUCCAAAGCAGUGCCAGUGGCAGAACCGCAGUGUCACAGAGUGGACCUCUCAGCAAGUGGCCCGCUGGCUCACGGGCCUCAACCUAGAACACCAUAUCCCAGAAUUCACUGCCAAAAACAUAGAUGGAGAGCAGCUGCUGCAGCUUGAGAGUGCUGAACUAAAGUCUCUCGGAGUUGCUUCUGCCCAGGACCGCGCCCUGAUCAAGAAGAAGAUCAAAGACCUUAAAAUUCUGAUGGACAAGGCCAAGAGGAACCGAGAGAAACUGGAGAAACAACGCGAUAAGCUACGGAAGAAAGAGCAGGAGCAGCAGCAGAAAGAGGCGCAGAAAGAAAGCGCAAUAGAGUGAUAUUAGGAUCACCUGCUUUUCGUAGCACCCACACCACGUAGCAUCUGGAGGAACAGAAUGCCCGUAGGCUCGUAGAUGAACCCUGAAGAAUGCCUACCAAGUAGUUGAAAAUUUCUCAGUGGUGGAGCUACAUCCGGCUGCCUGAGAUCGUCAGGUGACUUUAUCACCAAGCAAAUUAAACCAAAACUAGCAGUUGGAUAGUGAAUGCAGCCCCAUGCAUUUACCUGGUUUUACACCCAUCCUGUGUUUUAGCCAUUCAGUUCUAUUUAUUUAGCUGUAAAUUGGGUUUAUUUAUUCAUGUCCCAAGUCAGUCUGUUAGGAUUUUCCCUUGUUCUCAUCCCAUAUCGUCCUCGAGCCUUCAAUGUUACCCAUCACAGCCCCUUUAGAUAUAACAACAUGUACAGUGAUAAACAAUGUGCCAUCUGGAUUGACUUUUGUGGUUGUGGAAUAUACUGUGUGAAGCAGUGCCCCUCUCCCACCACUGGGUGUCCCCAUGCUGCUUACUUUCAGCACUGAAGAGGAAACACUGGAACCGAAGCAAACUUCACUGAGAGGAACAAAAUCUCUGAGCACUUGCAAGAACACUGGAAGUGCAAACACUGUAAAUUCAAACUCUGUUCUAGCUUUUCCAAUUCUCCUUGAAGUAUACAUGUACCACACCGAAGAAGUACACAGAGUAUGACUGAAGACAAGGACACGCUGUUCUCAUUGGACUGGUUCUAAUGGAGAAUUCAGGUACAAUGUAAUCAUGGAAUUUGUAAUCUACCAAAUCUGUAUGACAAGGAUAAAAAAGUGUUCAAAUGAAAGUUUCUGCUUAUAUGCAUAAUGUUGCUUUGACUCUGCUUAUAACCUGCUUUUGACCUCUUUUUAUAUUCUCUCUCGAUUACAAAGUAAUACCCCGCCACCCGCUGCCUUUAGAAAUUCUAGACUUGUAGAAUUUUUCUGAAAUCUGCCCGCUUCUGUGUGAGUGUCGAAACACAUACAAUAGACUAAACAUUUCAAAUUGUUAUUUCAUGAAAAACGUACAGGUGACCAUGCAAAACACUUUGAAAUAUAUUGAAUAGUAGAUAGGAAUGCUGCCAUAUAGUUGGGUCUUUUCUGUGAUCGAAGACGGAUGCAGUGAGUCCAGAAUUUGUUA